CAGAAAAAGAGUAUGUCUGAUGCAUUAAGUAAAUGUACCUAUGGAAUAUUACAACAGACAGAAAGUAGGAGUGUAACUAUUAGUUUGUCCCAGGAAAAGACUGUUUCUACCUUCACAUCGGAUGAGAAUGAACAGCCAAUACCACUACCAGUAAUAGAGACUGUUUCUGCUGUUAGAAAUAGUAAGAGACAAGUUGAAACUGCACCAUAUGAUCCAGAUAUCAUUGACUUUCUGGGACUACCUGAUGAUGUUUUGGUGGACUAUUGCCAAUCAGUGGAGAAUUCUGACCACCAAAUAAGUGCCCCAAAGCAAAUGAAGAUGAUGCCAUUGAUGAAUAUUUCAAAUUGUACUGUUAAUAUCAACUAUUACAAUAAUUGAAUUUGAACAAUAAUGGAAAAUACAUUGUAGUAGAUAUUAUUUGAAUUAUGCGGACAUUUAAGAGACUUUAAAAUACCGUAG